UUCAGCUCCGAUCUACUCUCAUUAUUUUCUCUGCCGGGAAAAUUCUCUCAUUUCCAUUUUCCCGAGAAAAUAAAAAAGACAAGAAGAAAUGUUGUCGAUUCGUUCCAUUCUGCGUCCGCAACUGAGAUCUUCUUCUUCGUUUCUCCAUUUCUCAUCCUCCUCCGCCGCUGCAAUUCAGGCCGAGAGGACCGUCAAAGACGGCCCGAGAAACGACUGGACUCGCGACGAGAUCAAGGCCGUCUACGACUCCCCCAUUCUCGAUCUUCUCUUCCAUGGAGCUCAAGUACACAGACAUGCUCAUAAUUUCAGGGAAGUGCAGCAAUGCACUCUCCUCUCUAUCAAGACGGGUGGAUGUAGUGAGGAUUGUUCAUAUUGUCCUCAGUCAUCCAGGUAUGAUACAGGACUAAAAGCCCAAAAGCUUAUGAACAAGGAUGCUGUUUUGGGGGCAGCAAAAAAGGCAAAAGAGGCGGGUAGCACGCGCUUUUGUAUGGGUGCGGCGUGGAGAGAGACAGUGGGAAGAAAAACUAAUUUCAACCAGAUCCUUGAAUAUGUUAAAGAAAUAAGGGGUAUGGGGAUGGAGGUAUGCUGCACUUUGGGCAUGAUAGAGAAGCACCAAGCUGUAGAACUCAAGAAAGCAGGCCUCACAGCUUACAACCACAAUCUUGAUACAUCCAGGGAAUAUUACCCGAACAUCAUUACAACAAGGACUUAUGAUGACCGCUUGCAAACGCUUCAAUAUGUCCGGGAUGCAGGGAUUAACGUCUGUUCAGGUGGAAUAAUUGGCCUUGGAGAAGCAGAGGAGGAUCGAGUUGGUUUGUUGCAUACUUUGGCAACAUUGCCCACUCACCCUGAGAGCGUUCCCAUCAAUGCAUUGAUUGCGGUGAAAGGCACACCUCUCCAAGAUCAAAAGCCAGUUGAAAUAUGGGAGAUGAUUCGGAUGAUUUCUACGGCUCGUAUUGUCAUGCCAAAAGCCAUGGUGAGGUUAUCAGCCGGUAGAGUUCGGUUCUCCAUGCCCGAGCAGGCACUGUGUUUUCUUGCUGGGGCAAAUUCUAUUUUCACGGGUGAGAAGUUGUUGACUACCCCCAACAACGAUUUUGAUGCUGAUCAACUCAUGUUCAAGCUGCUGGGACUGACCCCAAAAUCUCCUAGUUUCCCCCAAGAGUCGUCAACAGUUGAAGAGUCUGAGGCUUGUCAAGAAGCCGCUUCCGGUGCUGCUUGAGUUUACGUGUUGAUUUUAGGACUAUAUUAUCAAUCGGUAGCCUUAGAUUUCAGUUUGCUCUAUUACAUUUACCUAGAUAUUCAGAAACUGAAAAUUGGACUUUUGAUCA